UUCGCUAUGGUUCUCGCAGCGUUGCUGUGUAGCUACACGAUGAAUGCGAAAGAUCUUACCACUUCAACAAGUCCCAGCGCCGGUCGCUAGCCUUUUCAACACCUCCUUCUUAGCUUAGCAAGAUGUUCUCUCUCAACCAAUCUCGAUCCCUCAUCGCCUUCGCCCUGGCCAGCGCAAUGAUGGUCUCAGCCCUCCCCGCCGCCAUCCCCGGCGAUGACAUCCACGUCCGCGACUCGAACAGCGUGGUCCGCCGUGACGGUCCCUCGAUCGAGCAGCUCCUCGAGUCGUGCCCUGGUGGAUCGACGGGCAACGCGGACAAGUGCACCUUCGAGCCCGACGGAAACACGCAGACUGUCUACCAGUACCUCGUCUCGGACACCAUCUCUAACUGCGACUCCAACUCCCAGGCACCCGCUACGGCCAAUGAAGUCGUCACCAAGACUUCGACCGACUCCUUCUCCUUCGGCGGGUCUGUCGGUUCCGGCGCAGAGUACGAGGGCAUCGGAGCCAAGAUGACCAUCACUGCCACCUACGAGCACGGCAAGACUGUCUCGCACAGCGAGGGCGUCAAGGUCACGGCAAACCCUGGCCAGCAGGCUGGCCUGGUCGUACAGCAGGGCUACACUCGCCACACCGGCCGCGUCAAGGUGCAGUACGGUAAUCAGGUAGACGGCCAUUACUUCUGGUAUGUCAAUGGGAUGAACCAGGACACCGUCAACGAGGGAGACGAGCACAAGAGCGGCUACGGGUUCGAUUGCGGCUCUUCGCCUCAGAGCAAGAUCGACGAAUGGAACGCCAACCCUACGAACAAGCAGUUCAAGUAGAGCGUGCGCGAAUGGCGACGCGGAGGCUCCUUAUCUCUCUCUCUUCUCUCGGCACGCUUGAUGCGGCUGAGCAGCUUUGUCUCUCUAGGCUCCAAUUUCAUGAGCCUGCUCUGACUCCUCGCUCGAUCGAUGG